AUGACUGAUCAAGCCCAACUCCAUGAGAGUGAUGGGUAUAUGACUAAUCAAAGCCAAAUACAUGAGUGUGAUGAUUAUAUAACUGAUCAAGGUCAAAUACAUGAGGGUGAUGAGUAUAUGACUGAUCAAGCCCAAAUACAUGAGUGUUAUGAUUAUGUGACUGAUCAAGCCCCAAUACAUGAGGAUGAUGAUUAUAUGACUGAUCAAGCCCAACUCCAUGAUGGCGAUGAGAAUAUGACUGAUCAACCCCAAAUACAUGAGGGUGAUGAGUAUAUCACUGAUCAAGCCCAUCUCCAUGAGGGUGAUGGGUACAUGACUGAUCAAAGCCAACUCCAUAAUGGUGAUGAUUAUAUAAAUGAUCAAGGUCAAAUACAUGAGGGUGAUGAGUAUAUGACUGAUCAAGCCCAAAUACAUGAGUAUUAUGAUUAUGUGACUGAUCAAGCCCCAAUACAUGAGUGUUAUGAUUAUGUGACUGAUCAAGCUCCAAUACAAGAGGGCGAUGAGAAUGCUACGCAUAUAAUAAAAAUACAUCAAGGUGACAAUUAUCAGGCGGAUCAAACGCAAAUACUAGAAGGUGGUGAGGAGGUGACAUUUAAAGUUUCUAUUCCAAAGGGUAAUGUUAAGGUGACACAUGAUUCACCUGUACAAAGGGGUGAUGAUUGUGACACGCACCGAGCACCAAUACAAGAGGUAAAUGCUAUGGUUGACAAACUGCCAUCUGAUCGUGUCCUGGGUUUAAAUCUUUCAGAAAACGAUGACAUUUCAGAUGCUGACCACCAGAUCGAAACAGCAGAUGUACACGAGGUCCCACAUUCAAACGCCACUCUAAUAGCAGAGCGAUAUCUGGAGUCUCGCUCCUCUUUACCAAAUGAUGGCACAGCAACGGUUGAACCGGAUGUUGAAAGAGUUGGCCACGUUGAGCCGAACACAGCCUCUGGCACGGGAGUUGAUCUUCUUAGUUUAGGUGUUCAGAGCAUAGCAACGAACUCGAGGUUAAAGGGAGAAACGAACUCGGGGUUAAAGGGAGAAAAUGCUAAAACAAAAUAUACGUCCGUUUUAACAACAACUGAUAGCGAGAUAGAUGGUUAUCACAAUGAUUCAGUUGUUGAAGAAGAUGUAGAGAAGAUAGGAAAUGACGAUGUUUUGCUGGUCAAGAAUUUUCCUAUAGACGAUUCUGUUCCAAAGGACCUUGAUUCUUUUGACGGUGCUAUUAUGUCCGAUCAUGCUACUGAAUCCAAUCCAUUACUUCACCAAUGCAAAACUAUUUCUGUCACAGUUAUAGACGAGCCCGCAACUAUUGAAUCUACUGUUUUAGACGAGCAAGAUGUUUUUAAAUUCACCUUUUUAGGCACAGAAGUUAAAGAGCAUGAAGCUACUGAAUUAAUUGUUUCAGGCAAGCAAGAAACUACUGAAUCCAGUGUUACAGCCAAGCAAAAAGGUAUUGAAUCCACUGUUUCGGGUGAACAAGAAUCAUUUGAAUCCACUGUUUUAGGUGAGCAAGACGCUAUUGAAGCCACUGUUAUCGACCAGCAAAAAGCCAUAGAAUCCAUAGUUUUAGACGAAGAAGCUAUUGAAUUCACUGUGUCGGGCGAGCAAGAAGCUAUUGAAUCUACUGUUUCAGAUAAGCAAGAAGCUAUUGAAUCAACUGCUUCAGACAAGCAGGAAGCUAUUGAUUCCACUGUUUCAGACAAAAAAGAAGCUGCUGAAUCCACUGUUCCCUGUGAGCAAGAAGCUUUUGAAUCCACAGUUUCAUGCGAGCAAGAGGCUAUUGAAUCUACGGUCAGAGAAGAGAACUUAGAACAAACGUAUGCUUUACUGAAAGAUGAAGACAGAUUUCUGAAUUCAUCACCAACAAAUGAGCAGCAGACUGAGAACACGGAGGCCAAACAUAUCGAGUUGGAGCAUCAAGAAGAUCCAAAAAUAGAAGAAACUGCUAUGGAAUUACAUGACAGAGUGGACAACUUUGUUGAACACGAAGAGAAAGACGGCAAUAUAUUUCUACAACAAUCUGCCGAUGCUGAUCACGAUAAUUCUUUGUAUGAAGCUGGUAUAAUGAAGGCCCAGAAUGGAGAUGCUAUUAACACUGUGGACGCUGAAACGGUGAGCGUCAACUUUGAAGAUGGAGACGGCGCUGAAGUUUCUUACCAUAUGAAAAAGCACAGAGAAGGCGAUGAGUAUGUGUUUACUCCUGCAGAUCUCGGGUUGGAGCAUUCUGACGUUGCCACAGCUGACAGGCCGUUUCAGCGUGACCUUGACCCAAGUUCGGAUGAAGAUGGUGGACAGGAAGCAAAUGAUAUUGAACCAAUCAGCGAUGUAGACGUUGAUGGCUUAAUGAUAAAUGAUUCAAAUGUUAUGAAAAGGCGGAAAGAUAGCGAUGAAUACUUGCAUGCCUUUUCAGAAAACGAAGUGGAGAGUGAACUGGUGCGAGACGCGGGGAGUCAUUCUUUCGUAGUGGUGUCUCAGGUUGGUGGUCACGGACAAACGGAUGUAAGAGAUACAGAAGAUGAGGAUGCCGUUAAAGUUUUGGACACUGGGGCCAGGAUAUUCCGAGCUGAAGACCAACAGGACAUUGAAGAUAAACGUGGAUUGAAUGAGGUAACUGAAGAAAAUGAGAUCGUGUUUAGGUCUCCAGAACAUAACGUUAAACUUAAUGACGAUCAUUUACUGUCCG